AUGGAAGCAGCAAUUAUACCGAAUCCAAAAAGUAAAGAUUCAAAUGCACAAAUCUUAUUAAUGGGAUUAAGAAGAGGAGGAAAAUCAUCAAUAUGUAAAGUUGUAUUUCAUAAUAUGCAACCAUUAGAUACAUUAUAUUUAGAAAGUACAACAAAACCUACAAAUGAACAAUUUUCUUCGUUAAUAGAUUUAUCAGUAAUGGAACUACCUGGGCAGCUUAAUUAUUUCGAGCCUAAUUAUGAUUCAGAAAGAUUAUUUUCAUCAGUAGGAGCAUUAGUUUAUGUUAUUGAUUCUCAAGAUGAAUAUCUUAAUGCAUUAACUAAUUUAUCUAUGAUAAUUGAUUUUGCUUAUAGAGUCAACCCAAAGAUAAAUAUUGAAGUAUUAAUUCAUAAAGUUGAUGGAUUAAGUGAAGAUUAUAGAAUGGAUGCUCAACAAGAUAUAAUGCAAAGAACUGGUGAUGAAUUACUAGAUUUAGGUUUAGAAGGUGUACUGGUUAGUUUUUAUUUAACUUCCAUAUUUGAUCAUUCAAUAUAUGAAGCAUUUUCAAGGAUAGUUCAAAGAUUGAUACCUGAUUUACCUUCAUUAGAACAUAUGUUGGAUAAUUUAGUUCAACAUUCAAAUAUAGAUAAAGUUUUCUUGUUUGAUGUAAAUUCUAAAAUAUAUGUUGCAACAGAUUCAUCACCAGUUGAUAUACAAACUUAUGAAGUAUGUGCAGAAUUCAUUGAUAUAACAAUUGAUUUAGAUGAUUUAUAUAUUGAAAAUGAGAAAAAAAACCCAAACAAAAAAAAUGGAAGAGUAGUUGAAGAUAAUAACGAUGAAACAAAAGAAUUAAAAUCAAUAAGUCAUUUAUCAAAUGGUUCAACAUUGUAUUUAAAACAAAUGAUUAGAGGAUUAGCUUUAGUUGCUUUGAUACGGAAUGAAACUUUUGAUAAUGAAUAUAUUGAUCAUUCACAAGAUUCAAAUGACAACAUAGCAAAUACUACUAUUUCAGAUAGUGAAAAAUCAUUAACUAUUAUUGAUUAUAAUGUUAAUUUAUUCAAAGAAUCAUUAAUGAAGAUGUGGAGUAGUUAUAAAUAUAGUAAUAAUAUAUGA